UUCAGUGUUUGUAGUGCAUAUUUGUGUAAACUUGGUGUAGGCUACUUUGCAGAGUUUGUGUGUGUGUGCGUGUGAACGUGUUUCUUUGACGACGCGUUCACGCGUUUCUGAGUUGAAAAGCAUUUCCCAACAUACAAAUGAAACAUCAAAUUAGUUCACCCGCAGGGUUCGUUUUCCCCCUCUAGUCCAACAUCAUAACUAGUUAUUGAACUAGGUGCAAGAUCUAAAGCCAUUUGUGUGCAGAAGGAAUUCAUCGCCGCGCCUCCAUCAAUAACUCCGUGGCAGUGAACUAUUGGAACGAGUCAAGCGCGGGAGGUGAAAUGCAGGUCAGGCUGUCUAACUAAUAUUAAAAUGCGUCCGCAGCACUGCAGAGGGGGCGAGUGGGUGCAGGGGAGGCGUUUUCAGACUGUUAGGGUGAACAAAAAUCCCCAAUGAUAUUCUGAGACUGAAACGGACAAUGUAUAAGAAAAUUACACCAUGUGUGUCCUUAUUCCUCCAACACGGCUUGAUUUAAAGGCGACUCAACUUAUGUAACAAUUAAGGUAGGCAAUUAAAGAAGUUAUUGACAUGUAAUUCUGUUUAAAUGCUAUGUAAUCCACCCUUGGACGAAACAAAGUUUCCAAAGACGCGGCAAUUUUGCAUCCAGCUUCAAAGGAAAAACAAGGUGUGCAUUUUAUUGGUAACCUUGUAGUCCGUGUAAUCAUGUUUUACUGAAAAUAAUAGAUCAAAUGUAUGCAGCUCUUCAGGUUACGGCGCGGUCAUAUGGUAAUGAUGAGCGCAAAAAAAGAAUGGGGAACAAUGGAAACUUAUUUUUCAUCUGUGCUGUCACGCGUACGCUUUGUAUCCAGCGUGUUUGCAACUGAAUAUUCAUAGUGUGAGGGGCACCUCAAAGGUUAGGACCUGAUAGCAUCUGAUGGCAAAAAGACCCCCUCUCAAUCUCAGCCUCCCCCACUCCCAUACCACACCCCCAUCUCUCUCUGAGUGGUUUUAGAAAACGUUAGUUGGAUUAGAGUAGGUUUGCUUAAACCAGUUGACAUAUUUCUGAUUAUAGUUAUUGUCAUAACUGGGUUUUGUCAAAUUAUAACACUGAAUAAAGAGUAACAGGCCAGAUAUGCUCAUGGUAUCUAAGGGGAUGCCCCUUUGCAGUUUUCCGGCCAGUUUAAUUAUUUCCUUAAACGUGUUUGUUAACCCUAUUCACAAAUUAAGCAUUGGCCUACACAUCAUCAAACGUAGCCAGGUAUUUCGCAGGACUAUUGACUAAUUGCGAUGCUUAUACAGAGAGAAGUGUUUUCAUUCUUCUCAGAAUGCUAUUUAAAACACAAGAUAAAUGGGACUGUUGUAUAAUAAAUGGGACAUAGAAGAAUACUCCAUCCUGAGAAGAAUUCAAGGACAGAUUGAACUGGGAAAAUGUUGACGUUGGCCUGAAAUCUCAUUAGAAACGUGUAGGAAAUAAAUGUGCACUUGAAUAUUUAUACAGUUUCAUCUGAAGUUUUGUAAGCCAGGGAGAGAGUAUUUUAAAUUGUUUAUUUUACUCAUCAAAUAACUGUAUACAAUUCUGUCUUGCCCUAGUAGAUGUAAUUGUUGUAAUUGUAACUAAGCACCUUGCAUGCACUCUGUUUGAAGUUCCUAAAGAAAAAAAUGUCAACACACCUUACAGAAGCUGCAAUACUCUGCUUUCGUUUUGCAAUGCACUGCUAUACUGCCAUCCUGCCUUCCAAGCUUCUGACUUCCUCUCCAAACAGUUGUCUAUAUGUACCCUGUAGAACCGAAUUUGUGUGACAACCAAAUAAUCGCAAAUGCGUCUCUACAGGAAUACAUGGGCAACUCAAAAGCUGCACAAGUGAAGUUUUUGAAGUCCCAUGUGAUAAUCUUAUCAUGUCCAAUUCAUUUAGUUUUACAGGAAAUGCUAUAUUGUGUAUGGUCUGGAAUAUAUGGAAUACCGAAUGUGUUUGUCAGAAUUAUACUUCCUUUUGAUCUGGUUAACAUUAUCAAGUUAUUUUGCUCGACUAAGAAUAAAUACUUGCAUGAAAAGGGAGAAUGAGUAGCACUUCUUAGGCCAGGAAUUUGAGUUACACUGGAGGGGCUUUUCAGACCCUUUCUGUUCCAGACGUUGAUUUGUGGACUUCUAUAGCCCCAUAAAAUUCCACUAAGGUGCUGCCAAAGCUACCAAUCCAAUCGCAAGUGUGCUUGACCCAUCAACCUUAGACGUCUCUUCUGUCAUUUUUACAACACAAUGAACAUAAACGAGAAACAAUUUCUGAUAUCAACAGUUGGCCUAAUUACCUCAUUAAAUGAUAAAUAAUACAUAAAACAGAUCAAGUAGACGCUUUUAACGUGCCAAAGUAAAGUUAUUUAUUUUUCUAUGUACGUCUUCUCUGAUGGCACAGGGGGAUUUCGUCUGCAAAGUCUUACAUACAGUCCUACAGGGUGAAGUCAUGAAAAUGUAUCUAAUUAAGAUCAUUGAGUUGACCGAGAUCUUAUUGUGCCAGGUUCAUGUUAUGAACACAGACAUCCUUCUUGUGGUCACAACGCAAUGUUUUACAUUCAAAAUUAUUCUCUUUUGUACUUUGUCCAUCCGUGAAUACUCCUGCUGACCCAAGCGCCAAAAACGUGGUGCCCCAUAAAUAGCCUAUACAUCACUUGAAGGUAAGGCCUACCUACUGAUCUUAAUGAGCGGAUGCUGUGGGCGAUGAGAGAGAGAGAGAGAGAGAGAGAGAGAGAGAGAGAGUGUGUGUGUGUGUGUGUGUGUGUAUGUGUGUGUGUGUGUGUGUACAAUGGCGACAAAUGAAUGUGUAUUUGGAAUCAUCUUUGGUUCCUUAUCCGGGGACUACCUCUCACACUGCUAUUGGGCCACUGCAUCACGUGGUAAAAGUAACUUUACAGGGUUGCUCGCUAGUAGGAGGGCUUUAUGGAGCAGAAAAACGACAAAGCUAGAAAAAUUAUUUUUCACUCCAGAAAUUAAUGAUCAUGAGCUCGUAUUUGAUGGACUCUAACUACAUCGAUCCGAAAUUUCCUCCAUGUGAGGAAUAUUCGCAAAACAGCUAUAUCCCAGACCAUAGUCCCGAAUAUUACGGCCGCGCGAGGGACUCUGGCUACCAGCAUCACCACCAGGAGUUAUAUCCCCCACGGUCAGGCUACCAGGAGCGCCAGUAUAACUGUCCAAGCAUCCCCGAGCCCGAGACCCAAAGAGGACAUGGACUACCACACUCUGGGCACCUGCUCGCAGGGAAAGGGCAACCUGCAUCUUGUGAGCCACAGUUACCCAUGUCCCCGUCCACCCCACCGGCUGCCUCUGCCGCCUGCAACCAAGCCACGCCGGAGCAUCCAAACAGCACAGCCUCUGACAAGCUACCCGUAGUAUACCCGUGGAUGAAGAAAAUACACGUCAGCACCGCGAAUCCCAAUUACAAUGGAGUGGAUGCCAAGCGGUCUAGAACGGCUUACACCCGCCAGCAGGUUUUAGAAUUGGAGAAGGAAUUCCACUAUAAUCGUUACUUAACACGACGAAGGCGCAUCGAGAUUGCUCACACCCUGGUUCUCUCCGAACGGCAAAUCAAAAUUUGGUUUCAGAACCGCAGAAUGAAGUGGAAGAAAGACCAUAGGCUGCCCAACACCAAAGUCAGAUCGUCCUCUUCCACAGGCAUAUCCAGCGGGUCCAGCACAACCUCUGCAGUCAGCGUCGUAGGAGCCACCUCGGCUCCUAGCACCAUGUCAACUACCGAUGAACUCUCCGGAACUGACCGUGGCGAGGAUAUUACAAGGUUAUAAAAACAAUUUCAUGAAACAGAAAGAAAUGACUGAUAAUUUAUAGAAUAUAAUAUAUUUUGUUUUCGUAGUUAUCUUGUGCGUAAAAUGGAUUUCCAUGUAGUCCACAAUUACAUGAAAUGCAUGUUGUCUAGCAUGGAUCUAUGCGAACACCACUGGAUUUUUUUACGCGAUACAGGGUUUAAUUUAUUUAAAACGGAGGCAAAAUGUUUUGUAUGAAAAUGCUGUUCUGGAUGAAACAGUAAAUGGACAAUAUAUCUAAGUGUUAUUGUGGGUCACUGUCUACCCACAGCUGCCAAGGUGAAGUGCACAAUUGUUCUAUUUAUUUCACAUCCAGGAUUGGAGGACAUUCCUUUUUGUAUUUCCAUGCUACCGCCGAGAACAUAAAACGCGGAUCUUGAAAGUAGCCUAGCUUAUUUGUUUAUCUGAAACAUAUCUGAAAUACUGUGUUAUUCGGCGUAUAAAAAAGAUUUUAAAUUAUUCUUUGGUUAUGUGGUGAUGUUGUGUUUAGGCUAUUAAAGCAGAUCAUUGUGAGAUGCAAUAAAAUCCAGUUUAGUGUUGUGAUAAUCAUAUUGGUCAAUAAAAAGUGAGUGUCUAUUAGUUUAAAAAAA